AUGGAGUCGAGGGGUAACUCCGAGAGCCGUCGACUCAUCUCGUGCUACGUGUUGUGCGCGCUGCCUCCUACCCGUAUCAUCGAGGCGGAUUUCACUGGUGAAUACGAUCCUAGCCAACGCUCGCGGGUCAUCUUGAUAAGUGAAGCUCCGGAGGACACCAUGUCAGAUACACCACCAGCCAACGAUCCCACUUCAGGUUACUUCCUUGAUACAAACCCGACAGAAGUCAGACGACUAGAUGAGCAGUAUCUCUUCGUCAAGGCCGUCUUCGACAAACCCUCUUUCUUCCCUUCCCCAGUCGACCCUACAACGGUGCGCCGCGUGCUGGAUGUUGCGGCUGGAACUGCGGUUUGGGCCCUGGACCUCGCCGACCAGCCAUUCGCGUCUUCGCUUGAGCUAUUUGCGUCCGACAUAACGCUUGCCAAAUUCCCUUCCCCGGAUAUCCUGCGACGCGCAGGUAUAACUGCUUUCGCGCAGGACUUGACGAAGCCGUUUCCGGAUGAGAUGAAGGGAACCUUUGAUGUGGUCCACGCGGCUGCACUCGUAUUCGCACUGAAUCCAGACGAGUGGGCCAGUAUGCUUCGCAAUGUUUACGAUGUUUUAGCCCCUGGAGGGUAUCUGAUUCUGACCGAAUCGGACGGCCUACUCUACAGUGCGGGCGAAAGUCCUCCACCGGAUGGCGUAGCGCACGACGUCGAGAAGGGGAUGAACGGAUCCAGCACGAUACAUGCCAUGAACAACAUCUUGGUCGGACUUGCGCUCCAACGAGGGUAUAUCAUCGGUCUCUCAUAUCGCUUGAAAGACUUCUUAUCCAAUGCAGGCUACUCCAUUCUUUCUCGGCAACGCGCCAUAUGUCCUUUGGGUGGGUGCACUGAAACGGUUCAGAGUGUACGCGGGAACUCCUUACUGCGCUUUCGCCAAUCCUCGGCGAACAACCUGAACUCCCAACUCGACGGCGUCACUCGCUGGCUGCUUGAGAAAGGAGAGCUAGAAGCGCCCAAGGGCAUUCCCAUCCGCUCCGAGGAAGAGAGGCUGUCAUUCGUGGAGGACGUUCGGCGAGCCAUGGAUAAAGGUGCAUCUCUGGUUGGCUCGGAAUGGGUAGCGCAGAAGCCAGUCGUAUGA